AAUGUUACAUUUUUGUGAUUUAUAUCGUUAUCGGACGAUAGAUGUCUGAUAUCGGGAUGUGAGAUUUUGGUCAUAUCACACAGCCCUAGCUGCAGGAGCAGAACAGCUUCUCCAAGCCGGUUCAAAGAUCUGCUUCUAAAGGAACCACAGGACGUUCUCCCCAAGUAACUGAAACUACUCCAACAGCUCUGUGGGGAGCCGCUCUGCUUUUUCUGACAGGACGUUUUUCCAUGAGAAAGGUACGCUGAGACACAGUACAGCAACAACACAAUACUAACAUAACAACAAUAAGAGUAAGUAAGGAGAUAAAGUAUAUGUCACUGUAGACGGAGCAGCAGCAUGUACACAGCAUGCUUACAGUCCAGCGUUCUUUCUAAGAUCUUCUCAUCAUUUGGUCUGAACAUCAGACCCACGUUAUGUUGAAGUAAGUCAGUAUUUGUCUCCUAACACAGACUGACACUGGCUGGGUUUGGAGUCAGGUUGGUUCAUCUCCUUCUUCUGACUCGAGAACAAAGUUAGUUUUUUUCAACAAACACAUUUUUGUUGAAAAACAACAAACUUUUUGCUUUCCAGCAACAAAUAUUCAAAUCUGAGUGGCGUCUGAAAAACAUGAAGACAAACACGUGAAAUGAGAGUUUGUUAGCUGCUGGUGCUGAUGGAGAGAGCAGGUGUUAAUGUUCCUGUUUGCUUUGCUGUCUCCGUGUUCCACGUGUCUUUGUUUACAAGGAACAUUAAUCUCUGUUUUUACCUGUGUGCAUCCCAAGGCUGCUCACACCUGAUUGGUCAACAGGACAGAAACCUGCAGAUGUUCACAUCCAGAUGUGUUCAUAGAGACGGGGUUACCUGUUCUGAAGCUGCUCCUUCAGGUUCUCGAGGGAGAUAAAAAUUUGUUAGAGGAUCAUGAAAUCAGAGUGAGGGUCACCUGUGCACAGGUGUUACAGAGACGGGAACAGAAAGAGCAGCAGAUUAAACUUAAAAACCCGUCCAGCUGCUAACAGGUGAUCCAGGCGGGUUCUCCAAGUUCUUCAGGUGCUCUUUGGUUUCGUGCCCUCUGGGUCUCACAUGUACUUCCUGUGUGUUUCAGGGGUCCUCAGGACACGUGCUUCGAAGGCGGAGUGUUUCCAGCCAUCCUCAGCUUCCCCUCCGAUUACCCCCUCAGUCCUCCAAAGAUGAGGUUCACCUGCGACAUGUUUCACCCCAACAUCUAUCCGGACGGUCGGGUCUGUAUCUCCAUCCUCCACGCUCCGGGCGACGAUCCGAUGGGAUAUGAGAGUAGUGCAGAGAGGUGGAGUCCGGUCCAGAGUGUAGAGAAGAUCCUGCUGUCUGUGGUCAGCAUGCUGGCAGAGCCCAACGAUGAGAGCGGAGCGAACGUCGAUGCCUCCAAGAUGUGGCGGGAAGAUCGAGAGCAGUUCAACAAACUCGCCCAGAAGAUCGUACGCAAGUCUCUGGGCCUGUAGAGAUGAUGUCAUCAGCCUGUGCCCUGUGUGUGUGUGUGUGUGUGUGUGUACAGCAGAAACAAAUGGCAUGGACAGACACACAUACACAGGGCGCUCAGUAUGGACAGAUCAAUACAUAAACUGAUGGAUGGAAGCCGAUCAAAGGACACAAACCAAACGCGAUGACAUCACCACCACUUUCACUCCAACAGCAGCAGCAGAAACGGCGCCGCCAUACCUCGUCCGUCUCCUCUGCAGGACAAUAUUUAUCAAUAAAUUCAUGAAAAGAUCAAUUUAAACUUUGUUUGUAUAGGAUAGAAAUUAUGUUUUACCUGAAGCUGUUGUCCCAUAGCGCCCCCUGCUGUGCCGCCUGGUGCUGUCAGCGUACAGUUGUCGACACAGAGGGGAGCCGGUCUGAUGUCCAGGAAGUUUCUCAUCAUUCCGAUCUGGUUUAAAGUUCAGGGAUUCAGACUGCUGACGGAUCGAAAGAGUCCUGCAACCGCAGUACCCCGCCCCGCCCCGACUCCUGCUUCCUGUUUCUGUUCGUUUGCUGCUGUUGGCGAGAAAUCGUUUCUGAUCUGACUGGUUGAUAAACGUGGACUUGGACUGGACGUCCGGUCGGACGGAAGCACGCCGGCUUCUCUCAGCAGGACUUCAUGCACUUUAUGUCUUCCUGAAGGAGGACGUCGCGAUGGUUCAGCUCGCCGAGGAGCUGACGGGAGCGCAGAGCUUUAGUUUGAAGGGUUUCUUUGAAUUUGUCUGAUUUAACAAACGAUUAAUAAAAAAUACCAAGAGCA